GAUGAAAAUGAUAUGUUACAGUGGCUACGUUGUCAAUUCGACUGAUAUGGAUAAGAUAGGUUCAUUAGUUUAUGGUUCGUUGGUGAAUAGAGUUCUAGCAGAUAUAUUUUCUAUGGUACACGAUAUUAAUCAUAUUUAUUCAUUAACGGACUUUGAUGAAGACGGUCAAGCUGAUAGUAUAGGCGUUUCUCUGGUUGGUGUGACGAUUGUAACAGAUCGCCAAUCUAGAGAGGAUAACUACGCUUUGAGCGGUAAUUUAGAAAUGGCCGAAGAAUACUUAACAAGAUUUAGCCUAUAUAAUUUCUCUAACGUUUGCGCUGCAAUAGCUUUAACCAAUAGACCUUUUAAAGAUCGUGUGGGAAACAGGGUAAAUGGAGUAACUUAUAGAGUGGACCCUAAUAAUAAAUAUUUUAAGUUUUAUGGAAUUUGUGCUAAACCAUUUCAAUAUUUGGGCCCAAGAUAUAAGAACGUCCUAGUUACAACAGCAAAAAAUACAAAAUCCUUGAAGAGGAUUGAAAGAACUGCCACAAUAGCGCAUGAAUUGGGUCAUAUGUUUGGGGCUUAUCAUGACGAUCCAAUGGACCCUCUUUGUUCGCCUGAUACCGUAAACGGCUUUUAUAUUAUGCAUACCCAUGCGAUAAAUGGCUAUCUCUUUAAUAACAAUAAAUUUUCUCCCUGUUCAAAGAGGAGAAUGAGCAAAGUUUUGCAACUUCGUAGCGACUGCUUGAAAGAAGAGAAAACUGUUUGCGGUAACGGAAUUGUUGAAGAAGGAGAAGAGUGCGAUUGUGGUACAGUCGACACAUGCGACACUAUAGACAAAUGUUGUACACCGUCAGACGUUCCACUCACUUCUUUAGAUCGUCCUUGUUCAAUAAGAAGUUCGGCUGGCUAUUUAUGCACGCCUUCUACAGGAACAUGUUGUACUUUAAAUUGCAAAUAUAAACCUAGAGGUGAGGUAUGCGGAUACUCCUCAGAGUGUAGAAAAACCCCAACUUGUACAGGGAUUUCGAGAUUUUGUAUGAUAGGCGAAGCGUUGAAGGACGGAACGUUGUGCGCCAAUGGCCAUCAAAGUUGCAAACAAGGAGAAUGCUCCCAAAGUCUAUGCUUUGCGAAAGGACUAAGAGGUCAAUAA